AUGAUGCAGUGGUGGUUGGUGGGUGUCUCUUGGACACUUUUCGCUACUACUGCAAAGAGCUGGCCGUACGACCCAGCACUGGUAGGGUACAAUCUCAACGAGAACAAGACUGCAACAAAUCCUGCCGACUAUUGGGGAGAAUGGGAAAAUCACAAAUACCACCCGUCACCGGAUAACUGGCGUUUCCCAUUUUACACCUUGUUCCUCGAUCGAUGGGUUAAUGGAGACCCAACAAAUGACAACAUCAACGGCACUACGUUCGAACAUGACUUGAACUCGAACCAAAUGCGGCACGGAGGAGAUGUUCGAGGCCUAGUUGACAGUUUAGAUUAUCUCCAAGGUAUGGGGAUAAAGGGAAUAUAUCUUGCCGGAACGAUUCUCAUGAAUCAGCCGUGGGGCUCGGACGGUUACUCGGCACUUGAUACCACCCUUCUCGAUCAACAUUUUGGAGAUAUUGAAACAGUCAGGAACGCUAUCACGGAAAUUCACAACCGGGGCAUGUAUGUGCUCAUGGAUAACACUGUGGCAACCUUGGGAGACCUUAUCGGCUUCGUAGGAUUUCUGAACGAAACGACUCCAUUUACUACCCAAGAGCAUCAAGUAAUCUGGAAGUCAAGUCGUCGUUACGUGGAUUUCAACAUCGGCAACACUUAUAAUGAGACCUGUGAUUAUCCAAGGUUUUGGUGGGAAGACGGUUUCCCUGUCGGCACUGAUGUGACCGACCAGUUGAAGGGCUGUUACGAUAGUGACUUCGACCAAUACGGUGAUAUCGAAGCAUUUGGCGUGUACCCUGACUGGCAACGUCAGCUCGCCAAAUUCGCUUCAGUGCAAGACCGGUUGCGUGAAUGGAUUCCUUCUGUCAGACAGAGAUUAAUGAGACAUUCAUGUAUGGUGAUAGCCCAACUUGACAUCGAUGGUUUCCGAUAUGACAAAGCGCUCCAGGUGACUGUCGACGCGUUAGCGGACAUGAGUGAGUACUAUCGCGAGUGUGCCAGAAAGCUAGGCAAGCAUAAUUUCUUUCUACCUGGCGAAAUCACUGGUGGAAAUACUCUCGGGUCUAUCUAUCUUGGCCGCGGGAGGCAACCAAACAUGCGGCCUGAGACAUUGGAGAUUGCUGUGAAAUUGACAAAUCGUUCGAGCGAACAAUAUUUUAUUCGGCCAGAAGGGAAAGUUGCAUUAGAUGCUGGUGCAUUUCACUAUUCAGUCUAUCGUACUUUGACACGAUUUCUGGGUAUGGACGGUAACCUUGCCGCGGGUUUUGAUACUCCAGUUAACUGGGUAGAUAUGUGGUACGAAAUGCUCCUCACCAAUGAUUUUCUCAAUGUCGACGGAAGAAUAGAUCCCCGCCAUAUGUUCGGUGCAACAAAUCAGGAUGUAUUCCGCUGGCCUACUAUUAGAGAAGGGACGGAGCGAAUGCUGUUAGCGUUCUUUAUUACAACGCUUCACCUUCCAGGAAUCCCGCUCCUCCUUUGGGGUGAGGAGCAAGCAUUGUAUGUGUUAGACAACACUGCUCGAAAUUAUAUCUUCGGCCGACAACCAAUGUCUCCAGCAACAGCUUGGCAAACUCACGGUUGCUAUGUGCUUGGCUCCGAACAGUACUUUCAAUGGCCCAUUGAAUCUGGUAAAAAUGGUUGCCAUGACGAUACCGUCGGCUAUGACCACAGAGAUCCGUCUCAUCCAGUUCGCAAUAUUUUGAAAACCAUGUAUCAGAUGAGGGAGCACUUUACCACUUUGAAUGAUGGAUGGUUUGUCCAGCAUCUCUCAAACCAGACAUGGCAAGUAUUUCUUCCUGGUUCGAACAAUACACCGACGGAAACUGGAAUGUGGUCCAUUCAUCGUAGCCACUUCGAGGGUGUUCAAGAAUUUGGCACUACGGGAAACCAGCCUGUUUGGUUGGUGUACCAAAACUUCAACGAAACCCGCAGAUACCAAUUCGACUGCUCCGAUAAUGAUACGGCUCUCAUUUCUUCCUUUGAUGCCGGCACUACUGUCAAAAAUUUGUUCUAUCCGUUUGAAGAACUUACUUUAAAAGCAGGUCCCAAGAAGUUGGGAUUCGAAGGCUCUAGUGAGUUCAAUGGAUGUGUUGAAAGUCUGGAGCUCAAGCCAUGGGAUUUCAAAGCCUUUGUUCCUAUGGAUAAGUUCGUUCCACCACGGCCUAUGGUGACGCAGUUUACGCCAGGACAUGAUGCUCGUCUGCUCUCGACUGUUGCCCCCGAUAAACCUGAAACCAUCACCGUUGAACUAUACUAUUCUGAAGAGAUGAGUUGUAAUAGCGUGACCAGAAGCAUUUCGUUCAAUUCAACUACGGAUAAUCGUCAAAUGCCAACUAUAGAUCUGCGCAGCGUCAACUGUACGACUGUGACUCCUCCACCUGUGCAAUAUGUCGGCCAAGUCCCAAACGCAUGGAGAUGGUCAGCAGAUCUUCUCAAUGUUUAUAAUGGUAUUCAUCAAUUAACCAUCACGAAUGCGACGAGUGUGGAUGGACUUAGGAACACGGCAUCCGUAGAUCAUUUCCUUUUCCGUGUUGGGCAGGCGGAUAAUCCUAUGGUUUUCACCCGCUCAGCAAAUUACUCCUCAAAUUUGCUACAUAGGGAUGCCGAAGGCAAUCUAUACGUAUCCCAUCAUGCUCCUGGAGCAGACCUCUAUCGGUAUACCUUAACCUGGGGUUCAACUUUUUCGGAAUGGUUACCUUACACUGGGGGCAAUACCACUCUCGAACGUCAGCCAUGGUCUGGCACUAGACUCCAAGCAUGGAAAGGCGAACAUGUUUCGGUUGAAUAUUGGAAUCGAAUGACUGGGAGUAGCUCAUAUGUCCAACAGGGUGACCUGGACUGGGAUAACGCGAAGCCACGAAGGUUUCCACAUCUCUUUUGGAGUGGUCCCUAUAAUCAAUACGGCUUCGACGCUGGUCUCAGAAACCAUAUGGUACAAGAUGAGAAAGGGAUUUGGCAUUUCACAUUCAUGACUGAGUGGCCAGCGUUAGCUCAAAUUAACGUCUGGGGAAUUAACGAAGACGGACAACCUGACCAAUCAUUCGUAAUGGGGGAUGUUAAUGGCGAUUCCGUAUUAGAUCGUCUGCCGCCUUCGUCCCUUGCUAAAACCGUCAUUAAUAUUACGUCCCCACCGCCUUUGCCUUAUCUUGCGUGGUUGAUAUCUCUGAAUGAUGGAACCCUUCGUUUUGAUUUGCAGCCAGUCGGUUCACAAUACCAUCAGCUGGUUCUAUAUAUUCUCCUUGGGGUCAUCCCAAUUUUAAGUGCUGCUGUUGGUAUAUAUGUGUUUAUGGUAUCUUUUUAUCGGGUGAAAUUUAAUCAGGUUGGCAUUAGCGACAAAAGGAGUUUCAUACCUCUCUCAAUCAGGCAGAGAUUUAGCAGGCAUGGUCUUGACGAGUCUCACGCAAUGAAUCCACUGGUUAAGCUAGCGAACAAGUCUCGGUUUUUACAAUCCACCUCUAACUUGGUGGGGGAAUCAGGUCACCGCCGGACUACUUUAAUUGCUACUCUCGAGUAUCACAUCCAGGAUUGGGGCAUCAAGAUCAAGAUUGGAGGCUUGGGUGUCAUGGCCCAACUAAUGGGGGAGCACCUGGGACACCAGGACCUGAUUUGGGUUGUUCCCUGCGUUGGCGGCGUUGAGUACCCGAUCGAUCAAGUUGCUGAACCGAUGACAGUGACCGUGCUAGGCAAGGCUUACGAAGUCCAAGUUCAGUACCAUGUUGUCAGGAAUAUCACCUACGUUCUCCUCGACGCACCCGUCUUCCGACAACAGUCCAAAGCCGAACCAUAUCCAGGGCGUAUGGAUGAUCUCGACAGCGCUAUUUACUAUUCUGCUUGGAAUCAGUGCAUUGCUUUGGCUAUCAAGAGGUUCCCGGUUGAUUUGUAUCAUAUUAAUGACUACCACGGGUCCCUCGCACCGUUAUAUCUGCUCCCUCAAACGAUACCGGCAUGUCUGUCUCUGCAUAAUGCUGAAUUCCAGGGCUCGUGGCCUAUGCGUACAAUGAAAGAGAAGGAGGAAGUCUGCUCCGUUUUCAAUCUUGACAUGGAUAUCGCGACUCGCUACGUCCAGUUCGGUGAAGUUUUCAACUUGCUGCAUGCUGGUGCUAGUUACCUCCGUCUCCACCAACAAGGCUUCGGAGCCGUGGGUGUCUCCAAGAAAUACAGCAAACGCUCCUUCAGCCGCUUUCCAAUAUUUUGGGGUCUGAAGAAAGUCGGUCAACUACCAAAUCCUGACCCCUCAGACACUGGUGAAUGGAAUAAAGAGUUGCCGAAGGAGUCCGAUAUUAGUGUUGAUCCACAAUUUGAAGCCAAUCGAGCGGAGCUCAAACGCCAAGCGCAGGAAUGGGCAGGCCUUGACCAAAAUCCUGAUGCAGACUUGCUCGUGUUUGUGGGCCGGUGGUCUAUGCAGAAAGGAGUAGAUCUCAUCGCAGAUGUCUUCCCAGCUGUCCUUGAAGCUCGUAAGAAUGUUCAAUUGAUAUGUGUCGGCCCGGUGAUCGACCUUUACGGAAAGUUUGCAGCUUUGAAACUCGACAAGAUGAUGAAGCUUUAUCCCGGGCGUGUUUUUUCUAAACCGGAGUUCACAGCUCUUCCACCGUAUAUUUUCAGCGGGGCCGAAUUUGCUCUGAUUCCGUCUAGGGAUGAACCUUUUGGAUUGGUGGCUGUCGAGUUUGGUCGAAAAGGCGCUCUCGGUAUCGGCGCUAGGGUUGGCGGGUUAGGGCAAAUGCCGGGCUGGUGGUAUACUGUUGAAUCUACAACCACUAGCCACCUUCUCAACCAGUUUAAACUGGCUAUAGACAGUGCGUUGAACUCGAAACCCGAGGUGAGAGCAAUGAUGCGUGCCAGGUCUGCGAAACAGAGGUUCCCCGUCGCACAGUGGAUCGAGGACCUAGAGAUUCUCCAGAGCACAGCAAUUAGGGUUCAUAACAAGGAAAGCUCUAAGUCGACCGGUCAGGCUAUGACUCCAUCUGGAUACAAUACUCCGGGCAUAAUGGCUUCUCCGAUUGGGCCUGGAAGCAUGACUCCUAACACUCAACUGUCUCGAUCUCGAAAUCCUAGUUAUUCAAGUCCGCAGAGAAUGAGCGUUGUUGGCCUACAACCGAAAAAUCCUGUCGUUUAUGGCAGAGAUGCUAGUCCUGGACCUGAUAUUGAAAAUGAAAUUACGCCACAAGGUCUCAGCAGCAAGGUAUCCCUUGGUGUGCGAUCUGGCCCGGGCCAUUCUGAAGUUGCUACAGGUCGCGGUCGCCGGAACUUACGAAAGAACGGAGUCACAACAGAAUCAACCGAGAAUGUACCUGAACAUGAAUUUGAGCGUCCUGGCAUGCCAGGGGCAACUGAUGUCGAGGAUGAAAGUGACGAUGACACUCUUGCAACAUUUUUUGGCGAUGACGAAUACACACUGAACCAAGAACAUGGAGAGUCGGGGCAAGGAAACCAAUUAUGUCCUCCAAACCUCAAUGAGCCAAAGCCUCUCUAUUCCAUGGGGCCUCCGUCGCCUACUGCCAGAGAAAGCUUCAUCUUACCUUCUCGUCCAUUCGCUGAUUCUGGAAACCGUCUCAGCUCUGUCUCAUCUCUUUCUUUGGGAUCGGUUGUUGGCGGGAAGACUGAUUUCAAACUCCAAAAAGUGGACCCAUUCUUUACCGAUAGCAACGGGGAGUUCUACAGAGCUUUUGAUAAGAAAUUGGAGGAGCUGAAUGGGCACAACUCAGAGUCCGAUCUAUGCAUUGAAGAGUACUUGGUGAAAAGCGAAAAGAAAUGGUACAAUCGCUUUAGGGAUGCCCGGUUAGGUCGCAAGCAGGAUAAACCUUCGUCAAUUUUCCGUGUCAAACGCGUUGGCGUCUCGCCCGCUCCCUCUGAAUAUGGUGAAGAUAUUGACUCUCGGGAGAGCGAUUGUGGGAAAGACUGCGAUGAAUUCCUGCUGGGUAGAGAUUAUGUGCCUCCUACUGGCCUCAGGAAAUGGAUGCAACUCCGAAUCGGCGACUGGCCCAUUUAUUCAUUUUUCCUUGCUUUUGGCCAGAUCAUCGCGGCGAACUCGUACCAGAUCACACUGCUUACGGGUGAAGUUGGUCAGACCGCUACGAAACUCUAUGGUAUCGCGACAACGUACCUCAUCUCCUCCAUUAUUUGGUGGUUUAUUUUCCGCUGGUUUAAACCUAUUGUCUCUCUGUCUCUUCCCUUCUUCUUUUAUGGCUUGGCUUUCAUUUUCAUCGGAUUUGCUCAUUAUGCUCCUACGGGUUACGGUGUUGGUUGGGUCCAGAACGUUGCAUCCGGAUUAUACGCGACGGCAUCAUCGAGCGGCUCUAUCUUCUUUGGCCUAAACUUCGGUGAUGAGACCAGAGCGCCUGUGAAAGACUGGGUAUUCCGUGCUUGUGUCAUACAAGGCACUCAGCAGAUAUACGUAGUUGCUCUCUGGUAUUGGGGCUCAACGUUGACUAAGAGUAUCGCUGAAGGCGUUGUUGAUGUUGCCCCAAUCGCGAGGACAUGGAAGAUGACUGCAAUUGCUGGUCCAAUUGGGUUGUUCCUUUGGGCAAUUGGGCUUCUUUUGUUCUUUGGACUUCCCACUUUCUAUCGUCAAAUUCCAGGAAAGGUCCCAUCGUUUUACAAAUCCCUCCUCCGUCGCAGAAUUGUGACCUGGUUUUUCGUUACCGUGGCCAUUCAGAAUUUUUUCCUCAGUGCUCCAUAUGGUCGAAAUUGGUCCUUCCUUUGGAGUUCCCAGCAUGCGAAACCGUGGCAUAUUGUACUUCUCGUCUUCCUGUUUUUCGUGGUGGUCUGGGUAGUUUUGCUUGGCUUCUUGAGUUACCUGUCUAAGGACCACAGCUGGAUAAUGCCGUUGUUUGCAAUUGGACUUGGGGCACCUCGAUGGGCACAGAUCUGGUGGGGCACCAGUGGAAUUGGCCAGCACGUUCCCUGGGCGCACGGCUACGUAGCUGGAGCCCUAGUAUCCAGAAGCCUGUGGCUUUGGCUGGGAGUUCUGGAUGCAAUGCAAGGAGUCGGAUUCGGCAUGAUCCUCUUGCAAACGCUAACUCGUUUCCACAUCUGUUUUACCCUGCUUGCAGCCCAAGCUCUUGGCUCCAUCGCAACUAUCUGCGCUCGUACCUUCUCACCUAACAAGAUUGGACCAGGUGAUAUUCAUCCUGAUAUAUCUGGAGGAAUCAGUGCUAUUUGGACUGCCUGGUUUUGGAUAUGCCUAUUUUUCCAGCUGGCUAUAUGUGCCGGAUUUUAUACGUUUUUCCGAAAAGAGCAGCUCAGCAAACCUUAA